AUACACAAGAAAAUGGAGAGCACACAAAGAAAGUUGAGUUUGUUGGUGUUGUUGUUUCUAAUGGGAACGAUGUUAGUGAGUGGUCAAAGUGCGAACAACGUAAGAGCAACAUACAAUUUGUACAACCCUCAGAAUAUUGGUUGGGACUAUUACAAGGCUAGUGUUUAUUGUGCUACAUGGGAUGGUAACCAGCCCUUGUCUUGGAGACAAAAAUAUGGUUGGACUGCCUUUUGUGGGCCUGUUGGGCCUCAAGGCAGAGAUUCUUGUGGCAAGUGCUUGAGGGUGACGAAUACCGCAACUGGAAGUCAGGUAACAGUGAGAAUAGUUGAUCAGUGCUCCAAUGGUGGUUUGGACUUGGAUGUUAAUGUCUUCAAUCAACUUGAUACUAAUGGACAGGGCAACCAACAGGGUCACCUUACUGUUAACUAUACCUUUGUUAAUUGCGGUGAUUAAUUUCUAUAUUACAACCUAUCUACUAUCAAUAAAUCAAUCACUCUUUGUGAUCAAUAAUUUAUUAAUGUACUGCUCGUGCCUAAUAACAUCAUAAAUAAUAAAACAACCGGUGUUACUUUGGAUCAUCU